UAAUUUCGUCUUCCCAUGGUGGGUUUUCGUUUGCCUUUCUUUGUAGCCUGUCUUUAAAAAAAAUCACUGAACAUCUCCGUGGUGAUUUAUAUCUUAUGGUCAUGAGUGAUCCUGGUACAUUAUGCCUUGUAAUCUCGUUUUAAAUCACAAACCCCUUCGUUUCACUCUCUUCUCUCGUUAAUUUAACGGUGCUCACUGGUGCUGAAAACAGCCUGAAAAUAUGGAUCCUCGUUCUGAAAAAAAUGCUAAAUAGGUUCUCGGCUCGUGGGCUUUUAAUGCUUUAAUGAGUCUAAUUUUUGCACAACAGUUUCUCGGUGUUUGCUGGCUCGCUGUGUAUUUUUUUAAAUUACAAAGGAGCGAGUCGGUGCCAUAGCUCAAACCCUGACAACCAAAUAGAUAAUCAAGAAGACAAAUGGCUUCUUUUGGAAGGCGCGGCUCUUGUAUUAAUUUUCAUUUUCUUCUCUUAGAGCAGGUAUCGAAAAUAUAGAGCAGGAGAAAAUAACAUUCCGUUUGGGUGUUAAACUUUUAAACAAAAGUGUGGCCUCAAAUUGGUCUGCUCACAUUCUGUGGAAGAGAGAAUAUUUUCUAUUACUUGCUGGUAGAUGUAAGCCCUUGUGCCAUAUAGCCUCCUCCAAUCACUUGAUGUGAUUAUAUUUCUCACCAUAUAUUUAUGAAAUGCCUUUUGAAAACCCCCAGCGUCCUACAGGCCUAAGCUAUGCCUCAAGACAUUGAAGCAAGUCCAGAUAAAGAUACACGCAUGGUACCAUUGAAAUACAUACAAUGUGAUAGGCCUACUAUCGAAUUCGUUCCUAGUAUUUUUGAAUCCGCUCUUUUUUAAGUUCUAAAAUGUGUUUUCGCGUGAAACUGAUGGUAGGCACUACAGCUCACACACAUAGAUGCACACCAUUGAUUUUCAUGUGGGGCCUUAGGCAAUGUCUCUAUACUUCUCAGAUGGCAUGUGAUAUUAUGUCCAAAUGUUGUUAUAUUCACAACAGUUCAAACGUCGUUUAUUUGAAUAGAUACAUUGGUCCCCACGCACAUGUGUCUUCACACAAAAAGCCCCCAAGCACUUGCAUAGUAAAAUAAAUGAAUUUGCGUGUGACAUCACAUACAAUAUGCACCUUAGAAUUCUAUUCUUAUCCUUUAUUUUUAUUUUUUAACUUCUGCUUUCGGAGGGUGAAUAGGGCCGAACAGAUUUCUAAGGGGCCCCAAAAGUUCACCACCAUUAUUUGCGGACAGAGCCAAGAAAAAUGUGAAAAUUAUACAGAAAAAUCAUUAAUCACCUCUUCUCUUUAAACACUUCUUUUCCUCUAUUGUCAUUCAGCAGCACAACUGCACGGACCUUCUGCUAGGAGGGGUGAGGAGUCUUGGAAGACACUUGAAGAUACCCCCCCCCCCUUCUCAACCCACCACCUUCUUUUUGACCAAGACUUGCCACAAGAAAACUUUUUUCUUGAAGAAAAUCCCCAUAGAAUCCCAACGCAUUGAGAAUCUUUGCAUUACCAAGGAUGGCAGCGACGAAGUUCCCUCAAGCCUUUAGGAAGCUGUAUUCUUGCAUAAAAUCCAGUGAUAAGAAGCAACAUAAUCUCGGUCAGCUUCCAAGAGGCCUUUGGAAAGAGACCGUCACGUGACAUCUGGUGCCAAUGUUCUUCCAGAAGGUCAUCAGGACCCUGGUAGCCGGUAACUCCACUUUUGGAAAUGCAGAAAACGACCUACUACGACAACUCGACGCUUUUCGGAGGUUACUCGUACCAAGGGGCCAACGGCUUUGGCUAUGAUGCUCCUCAACCGGCCUUCCAGUCCGCGGCUCACCUCGAAAGCGACUACCAGAGGUCCGCCUGCUCGCUGCAGUCCCUCGGUGGCAACAGCGCUCCUCCCCAGCAGCAUGCCAAGACGAAAGAGCUGAAUGGCAGCUGCAUGCGGCCCAGCCUGCCACCUGAACACCAACCACCACCCCAGGUGUCCCCUCCGGUCAACCCCGCCAACGCCACCAGCAGCAGUGCCACCGCCACUAGCAGCAGUGCCACCGCGCAGCAGCCGGGAGGCAGCGGUGGGGCCGCCAAAUCAGCGCCCAAGACGUACACUCUGUCCACCAACCCCACCCUCAACAAGCAGAUAUUCCCCUGGAUGAAAGAGUCGAGGCAGAAUACUAAGCAAAAAAACAGCUCUCCAAGCGCAAGUUCAGCUAACGAGAGCAGCGGAGGUGAAAAAAGCCCCCCGGGUUCUGCAGCCUCCAAGAGAGCGCGCACCGCGUACACGAGCGCGCAGCUGGUGGAGCUAGAAAAGGAGUUCCAUUUCAACCGUUACCUGUGUAGGCCUCGCCGCGUGGAAAUGGCCAACUUGCUCAACCUCAGCGAGCGCCAGAUCAAGAUUUGGUUCCAGAACCGGCGUAUGAAGUACAAAAAGGAUCAGAAAUGUAAAGGGCUGGGCUCAUCAUCAGGGGGGCCCUCUCCAACCGGAAGCCCACCCCUACCCAUGCAGUCCUCAGCUGGCUUCAUGAACUCCAUGCAUUCAAUGGCAGGCAACUACGACGCCCCCUCCCCGCCAUCUUUUAACAAGUCCCAUCAAAACGCAUAUGCCAUGUCCUCAGCCUACCAAAACCCCAUGAAAAACUGCCCCUCCCAACAGAAGUAUGCCAACACAGCACCAGAAUACGACCCACACGGGCUACAGGGUAACAGUGGCAAUUAUGGGACUCCCAACAUGCAGGGCAGCCCCGUGUAUGUGGGAGGAAACUACGUGGAGACGAUGCCCACCUCUGGGCCGUCCAUGUACGGCCUCAAUCAUCUACCACACCACCAGGCUGGGAACAUGGACUACAACGGUGCCACGCAGAUGUCAGCAAGCCAACACCACGGACCGUGCGACCCCCACCCGACAUACACGGAGUUGGCAGCGCACCAUCCUUCUCAGGGUAGAAUCCAGGAAGCUCCCAAGUUAACUCAUCUGUAGUAGCAGGUUUGGGAGAAAAAACUAAAUGACAACUACAAAUAACUAACCCAUGGGACGCUGCAAUGGGGUUGAACAAAAAAUAUGAUCCAGUGGUUUCUUGCCAUGGCCAAAAAAGUAUUGUCUGUUGUCUUUAUCAUUGUGCGUAUUAGUAACAUUCACUUGAAUUUGCGUUUUGAUUAACAGUUUAUUUCCUUGAAUAUGGAGCCCUCCCUUGAAUACAAGUAAUUAAACAGUAAUAGUUGGGUUUAAUGGACAGCUAACAAGGUGGGAAAUGUAUUACUGUCAGACCUUUUUGACUCGAUGGAACACAUGUUAUGUCAACGAGGAAUAAUGCUUAGCCUGAUUCCCUGCAGUCAGCACAAAUGGCUAAGCUUGACUGACAUCAAUAUGCAUUCUUCAAUUGGUGCAAGCAAACCACUGGAUUGUUUUAGAUUACUUCCCUUAUUCAUAUUACCUCUCUUUGGAAAUGUCUCACUAACCCACUUUCCAGUGACGUUUUUUUUUUUUUUUACAUGUCCUCGCCAAACAUUGUGGCUUCAAGGGAAGUGGCCCUUCAGCAUCCCACAGAUGCAUAGUAGACCUACACCUCCACUGGGUUUAUGGUGUUUGGGUUCACAUUGCUAUGCUAUGCUAGCUAACAUCCAUAAACAAACAAACACACACACUAGGACAUAAAAUAGAUAUUUGUUAUGUUGUUAUAUCAUCGUCACAGGGUAAAAAGGAGUUGAGAACUCUUUUGAAAACUAUGAUAGGCUCAUUGCCCCCUCCUCCCCCUCUCUCCCUUCCUUCCUACUCUCGCUCUCUUUUCUAUCACUCCCUACUCUCGCUCUCCCUACUCUCUCUCACUUUCUCUCUUUCAAUCGAUAGGGUUCACUUACAUUAGCCAAGACUAAUGCGAAAGGCUCACAUUUUCUCAUGUCUUGACUUAACGUGGAAACAGGGUAUAUUUGAACAAAAUGCAUGUCCGGGAACCAAGCUGAAGUGUAGGUUUACACUAAAGCUUUCUCGUCUGGGCAUCAUUGUUGCACUUAGAGUUUACAUUUUGAUGGUUAAGGAAAAAUACAUCUUAUUUCGGAAACGGAAGACCUCCAAUCAGCGUCUUUCUCAAUGUAUGUUCAAGUGAACAUUCAUAAAUAUAUAUUUAUUUGUUAUAGCCAGAUUAAAUACUUUCUUUUUGUAUUAUUUAUCCCCCAUGUAUUUAUAUCAAGAAAAAAAAUGUAAUUUUUUAGUAUUUACCUGUUAUAAAGACGUUGUGUUCUUGUCAUUGUAAGGAAUUAAUUUUUAGUUAUUGUAUUUUAGAAAUAAAUAGUUUAAUGUUACCCUUGUACAUAAAUAAUGUCUUGACUUGUACAGGGGACGCGAGGACGGAAUCAGACCGUUUCUGCAUAGUCGAGAAUUAGACGAAAUAUAGCUAAACACUUUUGGAGAACUUCCUUUGUCCUUUGUAGCUCCUUUUAUUUCAUUGUUAAGAGUUGUCUGUUGAACAAUUCUUUAAUAAAAUGUUAUGUUAUUCAGUUCUA